AUGGAUGAUUCACAAGUGGAAAGAUGGCUGCAUGAGCUAGAUACUGAAGACGUAGAAGUGAUUGAGAGUGAAGAUGAUGAAGUUCAGCCACAACCCGACUUGCAGGCCCUAGUUCGCGAGUUAGAACUCCGUGAAUAUGAAGAGGAAAGAUUGAGCGAAUCUGACAAACCAUCAGGCUCAGAUGACGUUCCACUCUCACAACUAGCAACCAGAAGGCGCGGUUCAGUCGGAAAAUUACAUGCUACAUUACCAAAUUCUGGUAUUGAUUACAAUAAUAUCAAUAUGCAAAUGUCCAAAUUCUGGGAACUAGAAGAAGUUCCACUAAAACGUCAUUUAAACCCCAAGGAGAAGGCAUGUGAAGCUCAUUUUAUUAAUCACACCUUUCACCUCGAGUCAGGUCGAUUCUCUAUCAGUUUGCCCUUAAAAGAUUCACCCUCAGAAGACUGUUUGGGUGAAUCUUAUACUCUCGCCAAAAAACGCUUACUCACUUUAGAAAAACGAUUUAGAAAGCAGCCAGACGUCAAAUUACAAUACAUAAAAUUUAUACGAGAAUAUGAAGAAUUAGAAUAUCUUACCGAAUCAACAAUUUCUAAACCAGAUCCUUCAUAUUUUCUAUGUCAUCAUGCUGUAUUUAAAAAUAACAGUGAGUCAACAAUGAUCAGAGUAGUCUUUCAUGGAUCGGCUCCUACAUCAUCUGGUCAUUCCAUCAAUGACAUUCUUAUGGUAAGCCCAAAUAUACAAAAAAUUUUGUUUUCUAUUCUUAUCAGAGCACGUCAACACAAAUAUAUCUUAACCAGCGACGUAGAAAAAAUUUAUCGGCAGGUUCUUAUACAUGAGCAGGAUAGAAAUAUGCAACUGAUAUUACGGAGGGAAGAUGAGUCUUUGCCUAUGAAAACUCUCACUCUUAACACAGUUACAUAUGGCAUAACGAGUUCUAGCUACUUAAGCACACGAUGUCUUUGGCAAAUAGGUGAAGAAUGCUCAGAUGAAAGAAUAAAAACUAUAAUACAACAUGAUUUUCUAGUUGAUGAUUUAAUUACCGGUAGUGAUGACGAUUAUACUUUAAUUUAUAUUCAACAAGCAGUUACAUCAGCACUCAAACGAGGUUGUUUCAAUUUAAGAAAGUUCAAUACUAAUUUACCUUUAAUUUUCCACAAACGAUGA